GAAGGAUUAUGCUGUGCAUGGGGGACUGCGAACCGUUGACCCACAAGGAGGGAUGCAUACUGGGCCAACGAGACUGGCGAUGUUUGUAUAUGGGUCAGGAAAGUUCAACACCCAUACCAGGCUGGCAUCGCUACACGAGAGCUUCAAGGGCAAACACCCUCGGGUACACCGUCGUUUGUUCGGAUGAGUAUCUCACAUCAUUGAAGUGCUCAAGCUGUGUACGACAAA